AUGUCAGCUGAAGGAGAUGCUCAAGUAGUUGUCCCAGAGGAAAACAAGGAAGGAGAAAAUGCUCCACAAGAGCCAAAAGAAUUAAAUUGCAAAGUCGUUUUACUCGGCGAUGUCGGCGUUGGAAAAACAUCACUUGCUCUUUAUUAUAAGAAUGGAGCUGCUCCUAAUGGCGAACUUCCAAUCAUCUCACCAAACUAUCAGAAAGAUGUUAAGCUUGAAGAUAAGAAUGCAAUCGUUCAUAUUGUUGUUUGGGAUUCAGCAUGCGGCGAUGAUGAUAAAGAGAUCCGCGUAAAAUCAUAUGCUAAUACAGAUGUAUUUUUACUCUGUAUGAAUCUCAAAAAUGCAGAAUCAUGCAAGAAUUUGAUAAAAACAUGGUCGGUAGAAGUAUUUGCCCAUGACAAAAAAGCAAAUAUUGUUAUAUGUGGCACACAACUUGAUUCGAUGAACAUCGAUCCCAAUCAAAUCCAAGCUAUAACUAAGAAUAUUCCACAUAACUUUUAUAUCGAGACAUCAUCACGCAGUGGUGUUGGCAUUGAAGAAUUGUUCAAGGUUAUCGCAGAAAUUAAAGCAGAUCCAGAAUCUCAUCCAAUUCACACCACAGAAGAUGCUCCAACCAAUAAGGAAAAGAAAUCAGAGUGCUGCUUGCUGAUUUAA